AUGGUGAAAAAGAAAAUCGACAAUCGUAUUCGUAUCUUAAUUGAAAAUGGAUUAAAAACAUUCCAUCGUUCUUUAAUCGUCGUUGUUGGCGAUAAAGGUCGUGAUCAAGUUGUUAUUCUUCAUCAUAUGCUUUCGAAAGCUCAAAUCAAAGCACGGCCAACUGUAUUAUGGUGUUACAAAAAAGAACUUGAUUUUUCAACUCAUCGCAAAAAGCGUAUGAAACAAAUGCGUAAGCGUCAACAAGCCACAGGUUCAACCGGUACUGGUGGUGGUGAUGAAGAUAAUCCAUUUGAAGUUUUCCUUUCUUCAACUCAAAUUCAUUAUACAUUCUAUUCUGACACACCGAAGAUUCUUGGUCGCACAUUCGGAAUGUGUGUUCUACAAGAUUUUGAAGCAUUAACACCGAAUCUUCUAGCACGUACAAUUGAAACAGUUGAAGGUGGCGGUUUAGUUGUUUUACUUCUUCAAACGAUGCGUUCACUCAAACAAUUAUAUGCAUUGAGUAUGGAUGUUCAUUCCCGUUAUCGAACUGAAAUGCAUCGACAAACUGAACCACGUUUCAAUGAACGUUUCAUAUUAAGUUUAUCAUCAUGCAAGCAAUGUUUAAUUGUUGAUGAUCAGCUUAAUGUUUUACCGUGUUCAUCCGAAGCAAGUUUAAAUAUUCAAACAAUAGCAUCGAAAACUGAAGAAGCUAGUUUAACACAUGAACAAAUUGAAUUGAAAAAAUUAUGCAAUUCAUUGAAAGAGACUCAGCCUAUUGGCCAUUUAAUUGAAUGUUGUAAGACAUUAGAUCAAGGAAAAGUUUUAUUGAAAUUACUCGAUUCAAUAACUGAUAAAGCAUUUCGACAUACAUGCUCAAUCACUGCUUCGCGUGGUCGAGGAAAAUCAGCAGCACUUGGCUUAGCUGUUGCUGGUGCUAUUGCAUUUGGAUAUUCAAAUAUUUAUGUGACUUCACCAGCACCGGAAAAUUUAAAAAUUUUAUUUGAAUUCAUUUUAAAAGGCUUCAAUACACUUGAGUAUCAAGAUCAUAUGGAUUAUGAUAUUCAAUAUUCAUCAAAUGAUCAUAAAGAAAAGAAUGUUGUUCAAUUGACUAUUCAUCGACCGAAACAACACCGACAAGUUAUUCAGUACAUUCAACCAAACGAAUCAACACGUCUUAGUCAAUGUGAAUUAUUAAUAAUCGAUGAAGCUGCAGCCAUACCACUUCCACUAGUCAAACAAUUGUUAACUGGAGCAAAUUAUUUAGUAUUUCUUUCAUCGACAAUCAAUGGAUAUGAAGGCACUGGACGAUCGCUUUCAUUAAAACUUCUUGAACAAUUACGAAAACAAAGUGCUAUUUUAACAACAGCAGCAAAAACAACAACAAAUAAUCGUACAUUAAGUGAAUUAGAACUAAAUGAACCUAUUCGAUAUGGCAUUGAUGAUCCUGUUGAAACCUGGCUUAAUAAUGUUCUUUGCCUUGAUUGUUGCCAAGAUCCAUCGAGAUUCAAUAAAGCCAAUCGUGGUGCAUGUCCAUCACUUGAAUCAUGCUCACUUUAUUGUAUAUCUCGUGAUACAUUAUUUUCAUAUAAUGAAUCUUCGGAAAUAUUUCUACGUCGUCUAAUGUAUCUCUUUGUGUCAUCACAUUAUAAAAAUUCACCAAACGAUCUUCAAAUGCUAUCUGACGCACCAGGUCAUGAUAUUUAUUGUUUAGUUGGACCAAUAGUUGAUGCAAAUAAAUUACCUGAAAUUUUAUGUGCUAUACAAGUUUGUUAUGAAGGUGAACUGUCAAAAGAUGUUGUUGCAAGACAAUUAAUACACGGACAACGAGGUUCAGGUGAUCUUAUUCCAUGGACAAUCGCACAAACUUAUCAAGAUUAUACAUUCGGAAAAAUGUCAGGUGUAAGAAUUGUUCGUCUAGCAACGCAUCCGGAUUACCAAAGAAUGGGCUAUGGAACAAAAGCAUUACAAUUAUUAGAAAAGUAUUUUCAAGGAAAUAUUGUUAAUAUUGAUGAAUUUAAUAAUUCAGAGUCUCCAUCAUCUCCAACAGCCGAUCAGAUGGAAGUAAUAGAUGAUGACGAUUUACCAUUACUCAAUGAAACGCUUCAUCCUCGACAAGGUCUUCCACCAUUGUUACAAAAGCUUAACGAACGUCGUUUACGACAUUCAAUCGAUUAUCUCGGUGUAUCCUAUGGUCUUUCAGCUGAUUUAUUAAAAUUUUGGAAAAAAAAUCAUUUUUUACCGAUAUACCUACGUCAAACAGCAUCUGAUCUUACAGGCGAAUAUUCCUGCAUUAUGCUUAAAGCAAUACAUGCCGCAAGUGAAGCACCAUGGUUAUUUUCUUACUAUCAAGAUUUUCGUCGUCGUUUACUAUCCUUACUUGGUUUUCAAUUUCGAACAUUUACACCAGGCAUGGUACUUAAUUUAAUUCAACAAGCUGUUUAUCCAGAGACAAAAGAAGAUUUUACGGCUUCAUUAAUUGAACAAAAUUUCACUGAUUAUGAUCUUCGCCGUUUAGAAUCUUAUACGAGAAAUUUAGUUGAUUAUCAUUUAAUUCUUGAUCUUGUUCCGAUACUUGCAAAAUUAUUCUAUUUAAAUCGUUUGCCAAUACAAUUAACUGUUGUUCAAAUGGCAUUGCUCUCCGGUAUUGGAUUUCAAUAUAAAACUAUUGAACAACUUGAAAGUGAACUUAAUCUACCACAAUCGCAACUUUUAGCUUUAUUCAAUAAACUUGUUAAGAAAAUAAUUGAUUUAAUCAAUUCAACACAAGAAAGUGAAAUCGGAAAGACAUUCGUCAAUUCAUUAGAUACUGCUAAUAUGCAACCAUUGGAGAAAUCGCUUCGACAAGAAUUGAAUGAAGUUGCUGCAACUAUUCGUAGUCGUCAAACGGAAGAAUUAGAUCGUUUAAUGCACGAUCAAAAAUUAUUGAAAUACAGUGUUAAUGGAAGUGAAGACGCAUGGAAAGAAGAAUUAAAAAAUGUAUCAGAACCUGGUGUUAUUUCAAUUCCGCGAGUAUUAAACAAACGAAAAGAUGUGGAAGCUCCAAGUCAUUUUGAUGUACCGAAAAACAAAUCCAAAAAGAAGAAAAUGAAGAAUAAAUAA